GCGCCCGCCGCCGCGCCCCCCCGCUCCGCCCGGCGGGCGCCGAGGCGGCGGGCGGCCGCGCACCAUGAGCGCCGAGUGCAGCGGCUACCUCAGCGCCGACAAGGUGCCGGUGAGCGGCUUCAGCUGCCCGCGGGCGGGCGGCGACGCCCGCGCCGUGUAUUGCUGCGGCUUCCAGGACGUCAAGUACUGCUGCGAUGACCCGCACAGCUUCUUCCCCUACGAGCACGGCUACAUGUGGUGGCUCAGUGUUGGAGCGCUUGUGGGCCUGUCGAUAGCAGCGGUGGUCCUGUUUGCUUUUAUCAUCACCGUGUGUGUUCUCUGUUACUUGUUUAUCAGUACAAAGCCACGCAGCAAACUGGAUACUGGUUUAAGCUUACAAAUGGCAGGCAGUGAGACUAGAGGGAGUUCUAUAUGUUAAAAAGUAGAGGCGCUGGAUGGAUUCAACCAAUGCUGUAAUUAAACAGGUGCAGAACUGCAUCCUUCAGAAGGCCCCACCAAACCAACCUAUUGACAGGGCCAAAUGGCUUCAAGAGGUGCUUCCUUAGCCACAAGGAUAGUCUGUGACCAUCAUCCCAAGAACCUGACUCACCAUUCCAUGGGUGUUUUUGGACUACUGCAACCACCACUGUUAUCCAGAGGCAGCCUGAAGCUGAGCCAGGAUAUGUAGUUGUGUAUUGUUACUGUACUAAGAAGUAGUAUCUUUUGAUUUACACAUACCAGCUACUGAUUAUCAUGCAAAUUGUUGUCCUACACUGUGCAAUUCCCAGGAGAUAGCACAGUUGUCAGGUAGAGCAGAAUUUGGUACACCAUACUGGCCAAGCUUUGCUUUAAGCUUUCCUUGUGUACUGCUUUAAUGUGGUGUCUUCACAUCAUUAGUAUGUGCUUACCUAGCCAAAUGUGAUAGUUUGGUGUUCAAACAUAUGUGAAUGUAGAACCUCAAUAAAAUUUGGCAUUUGCUUGUGUUGUA